CCCUUGCAGAAUGCUUACAUAUAAGCUAGACGCAAUCUUAUACUUAUCGGUACUAAUCCAUUUGAAUUUACUCAGUAAUCCACAUAUCAAACUCGAACACAGAUUUUUUUUUCCAUUCAUCAUGUUCCACAAGAAGAACAAUGGCAGUGCCUUGUUGAGGGAAAGCGACACAAAUUCCAAUAAUUUUCCCCUUGGUUUGAGCGUUUUGAUUGUGGAUCACGAUCAGCAAAGUCUGCAAGAAAUGGAGGCGAACCUUCGGAGAUGUGGAUAUGAAAGUUACUUCUUAUUCCUUUCGUUUUUUAUUGAGUUUAAACUGCAGGUCUCGAAUGGCCGCGAGUUAGCAUGUUAAGGGAUUGAGUUGAAGCGGUAUCGCAAGAGCCACCAUCAGAUCGUCGGCACAGCCACGUUUUCUUUUUUGACUCAGCAUCCGUCUGGCUCUGACCGGUGGAAAUUCCCUAAUGAAAUUGUUGACCGGUGGAAAUUGUUGGAGUAAUUGACUUGACUCAGCAUCCGUCUGCCUCUGACCGGUGGAAAUUCCCUAAUGAAAUUGUUUCUGUCUGACCAGUGGAAAUUGUUGGAAAUUGUUGAAUCUGCUUCUGGUCUGAAUUUUCUUCCCGCGUGACGGGAAAUGCUUCCCGAAUGAAGGGGAAUGCCUCUGCCUACCGGCCUGCCGUUACUAAAUGCGUUCGAGUGGAGGAUGCUUCAACUCUGCUAAGGAUGGAGGGAAGCGUAUUUCAUAUUAUUAUAAUUGAACAAUGCUUGCUUGGUGUGAAUGAAUUUGAACUUCUUCGAAUUGGUAGAGAGAUGGAUUUGCCUGUUAUUGUGACAUUCGAGGAUGGUCAACCUAACAUUGUUCAAUGGAGUUUGGAAAAUGGCACCUGUGAGUAUCGGCUGAAGCUUAAUCCGAUGAGUGUUCUUAACAUGGUGUCGACAUGUAUGUUUUUCAAGAAAGAAAAUAAGCGGGCUCAAGUGCAGCAGCCAACAAAUAAUGUGUCUGGAGUGAGAAAUCAGCGGAUGUCUUGGACACCAGACUCUCAUGAAAAGUUUGUAGAAAGUGUACAAAAACUGGGGGGCGCUAAUAAAGCGACUCCCAAGAAAAUUUUGCAACUCUUGCAAAGUAAGGGUUUCGAAGAUGUUGAUAGGGAAAAGAUUGCCAGCCAUCUUCAGAAAUACCGUGAUAGCCUUAAAAAAAAGGCUCAGCCGCAUAUGCUGGGGUACAAAGACAAAGAUGGUACCAGUUCAGAGCAUAUUCAGUCCAGAUAUGAAAUGGAGGAACAUCCACCAAUGACUUUGGUCGAUCAAGUCUUGAAGACCAUAGUUGCAAAUGAGCCAGAUAUAUUAUCACAACAGCAACAAGCUCCAGCAGCAAAGAACACUCAAGGCUUUCAGAGUGUAACAUGGCCUUCUGAAACCAACUUACAAACCAUUGGAGGUAGUACUAGUUGUGGAAACCAAAGCAACGCUUUGAUGACCCAGAUGGAUGAAGCAUUUUCAAGUGAACAGAUGCGGAAUGAAUCCACUGGAGGUCAGCCUUUUGCCUGCGAAAACUUUCUCAAUGAUGUCGAUGCAUCAACAAAUGAUAUUUCUGGAGAUCCUGGUUUCUUCUCCAUUAAUGCUCCUCUUCUGAGUCCUCUUCAUAUUGAUCAUGGAGAACAUGGUUUCUCCUCGGAUGGAAUAUUUGAAAAUUUUACUGGGGAUGUUAUUGCUCCUGAACAUUUUAACAACCUCUGAUGCUGUUUGCUGGAUUAUCUGAGUCUAAAGUCUCACUCUGGUGGCGUCAUCCCAAAUCCAAUAAAAAUGCUUCUCUGUUGGAUGCGCAUCUCUAUUCUCUUUGAUUCUGCCUGUUUUCCUAGAAGUGUAGUUUUAUUUUGUUUUCAACUCAGGAUUUCAGCCCUUGUUUGCUUUAUAUUCCGUUUGUCUGUCUGUUUUAGUAAGGGUAAAGUGCUAUCAAGUCGGUUUGUAAGGAAGAUUGUCCCCUUUGUUUC